AUGGAGGACCUGGAUCUGGCGACGAAGACCCGGGGUGACCUUCCGCAACUAGACGACAAAAUUUCCGAGCUACCGAGCACGCCUAGCCCGUCCUCAUCGAUUAUUGCACCACCGCGGCAACAGCCAAGGUCAGGUGGCAGACAGCCAACAACUUUCUCAGAAUGGCAGCUUCUUGCUGUGCUUCAUCGGGCCAAUUUAGUGCAAUAUUACGACGAAUUCAUUGCACAAGGUGGAGAUGAUAUCAAUCAGUUCAUGACUUGCGAUGAACAUGAAUUCUUAGAGAUAAUGUCAGUAGUUGGUAUGGCUUCGAAACCACUUCACGUUCGACGAUUUCAGCGAACUCUCACUGAAUUCAGUAAAGAUCCAGAUGCGUUCAACCUGGCUGCAAUACAGCAAAUCGGCUUGCCACCUGCCGCUAAUUAUAGUUACCUGCCACCAACGUCAUCAUCUGCUACCUUACAAUUUUUGCUUUCAUCGCAAAAUUUGGCUGCUGCAAGUUUAGCUGUUGUUGCGGCUGGUUUGCCUUGUACAAGUCCAUCUAUAACACACGAUCGAAGUUCACCUCGUUCACUACUACAGCCGUUAGUCUCAGUGUCGGAAUCGUUGCAUGAAUUAUUCAAUGCCGCAACUGUAGCAGCGGUAGCUGGUGCUGGUACCUCAGGAACAACCUCUACUACAGCUGCUGUUGGUGCUACAGCAAAUGUAAUGGCAGGUGAUUUCCUGACUAGUUUAGUGGCUGGUAUACCUCAUAAUAGUAAUUGUGGUUUGAGUGCGAGUGGUGGUCCUUCAAAUUCUAUGCAAUCAGUGGAACCAACAAUAUCCAAGACGACUUGUUCAUUUAGCGAGCAUUCAUGCUUAACAUCCCAACAUUUGAUGCACCUUCCCACAGGUUCUCCAACAAGCAGUAAUGAAGCAAAUUGUGACUUCGAUCAACUUGGCGUUGGUACAAGUACUACAUCGGAGACACCUGUACUAACUGAAGCCCAAAUCGGAAGGCUUGCUCAGUGUUCUCACCGCCUCAUUGAACAAAUGCCUCAUCUGGAACCGAAACUAAUACAAAAUAAGAAGAAAAUUAGUCGAGAAUUACUGGAUGUCAUGCAGUUGCCAUUUGGUUCUCCGCAACGUCUUCAAGAAUAUCGCAGAUAUUCCGCAAUUUAUGGUCGUUUCGAUGCAAAACGUAAACCGGAUAAGCCUUUGACACUACAUGAAGUUUCAGUUAAUGAAGCUGCUGCGCAGUUGUGCCUUCGGCAGCCUGCACUGCUAACUAGGCGUGAUGAAUUAUUUCCACUUGCUCGACAGGUAGUCAAAGAUGCUGGUUAUAAUUAUGUUAAAGGAAUGAAAAAGAGUGAAGUUGAUGUCAAGAAGCAGCGAUCACUUAUAGUUUUAGAUUCAUUUUAUCCCAGUGAACCUUCUCAAUCUCCUCAAAGCUCUGCUUCAAUUGGUAGCCCUGGUCCGGAAGAAAAUACUACUGAUUCUGGUAAUGAAUUAACCACGGCUCCAUCAUCAUCAUCAUCCUCAUCAUUGGUAGUGAUGAUUAGUAAUCGUGAUGAUGUUGAAUCCAGUGUUUCUGGUAAUCAAAGAAAACGUCGUCGAGAUUUGUCACCAUAUCAUAUUUUUCAACAACAGCAAGAACAUCUAGAAUUGUCCUCAGGUGUGAUUCCACUGAUAACACCUGAAAAGCAGCAAAGAUUGGUCGUCAAACGACAUGAUAAGCAAAGUGCUGCCAAAGAUGAAUCAUAG